AUGCUUUGGAGACUCCAAUGCAACCAAUGGUUGCCUGUUGCCGAGAAGACUCUUUCUAAUAUCGAGGCUUCGGGCAACGAUAUGUUCGUGUUUGGCAUCAGCGAGGGUGAAGUUGGUGUUUUCUACCCGAAGAAUCACAAUGCUUAUCGUAUAAUAGCUCCGGCGGAUCCUUCCAAGGAGUAUACUGGAGUCACCUUUGAUCAACACUCGAAUAUUCUAUACGUUACCGAGAAGGCUACUGGGCAGAUUGCUCGGUUCACAAGUCAGGGAAGCGUGUGGACUCCAAUAGCCCCCUUGAGUGGUUCGGGUGUUCUUUUUGAGCCUACCAUUUUGCGCUUCACACUCGGUAAACUUUAUGUUAGAAUGAAUGGCGGCGUUGCCUAUGCGACAAUGGAUGGGUCUGUGGAUCCUCAGUGGACUUUCAUUCCACUGGAUAUUCAAGGUGACGAAAGCUUUACUGCGGCUCCAGACGGCUACCUCUACUACCGUAAAUCCAUCGAUUCGGUCUACCGCCUCCCGCUAGAUGAUCUAGUUGGCUCGG